AUGCUUCGUCGAGUAACUAAUAUUUAUCGUUAUCGUUUUACAUCUUAUACCGUAUUCCGGUAUUACUCUUAUAAUUCUUCAAGUUCAAAACAAAAAUUUAACGAUCAUGAUGUAGCAUAUGAUUUUCGAAGCGAUACGGUGACAACACCAACACAACAGAUGUUUGAAGCAAUGAUAAAAGCUUCAAAAGGUGUUGAUGUUUAUGGCGAAGAUGAAUCAACCAAUGAUUUAGAAUCUUAUUUGGCAAAAUUGACAGGGCAUGAAGCUGCUUUAUUUACGGUAUCCGGAACAAUGGCAAAUCAAUUAGCACUCCUUUCACAUCUAUCAUAUCCACCGUUUUCAAUUAUAUGUGAUUACCGUUCUCACUCUUACGCCCACGAAAGUGGUGGUAUCUCAUUCCACUCUCGCGCUUCGGUUACCCCUUUAAUCCCAAUUAACAAAACACACAUAACCCUCUCUGAAAUUCAAUCAUCCAUUAUCCCAGAUACGGACAUCCACUAUGCUCCAACACGUGUAAUCUCUUUAGAAAAUACUUUGGGUGGUUUAAUCUUUCCAAUUGAUGAACUUUGUAAGAUCUCAAAAUUUGCGAGAAAUAAAGGUUUAAAAAUACAUUUAGAUGGUGCGCGAUUAUGGAAUGCAAGUGCUGAGACAGGAAUUGAAAUGAAACAAUAUGGGGAAUUAUUCGAUUCUAUGAGUUUAUGUUUUUCAAAAGGUUUAGGCGCACCAAUUGGAAGUAUUAUCGUUGGUAAUAUGGAAUUUGUGAAGAGGGCUAGACAUUUGAGAAAACUGUUUGGUGGUGGAUGGCGUCAAUCAGGUCCACUAGCCGCAGCAGCGAAACUCUCGCUCCAAACCAAUUAUCCAAACCAAUUAAAAGAAACACAUAUUUUAGCACGUGAACUCGCAUCAGGACUUUCGAAACAUGGUAUCCGGAUCGUAAAUCCCGUUCAUACUAAUAUGGUAUUUAUUGAUACAAGUGCGACGAGAAUUAGUAGUACCAAUACUUUAGCGGAAAAGUUGGGAGAAAAUGGGAUUAAAAUUUUUGGAGAUGCAUCUACAAUGACAAGAUUAGUAGUGCAUUAUCAAAUUGAGAAAAAGGCAAUUGAAAGACUUGUUAAUGUUGUUAAGGAAAUUUGUUAA